CCAAAUAAUCAGGAUAGGUAGCCGAUGGCAGUUGUAGAUCUGAAAAGUGAACCUCUUCUUUAUAAUAAGCUCAAAAACAAACUACGCAAGAAACAUAAAGGCCCAAAAAGCAGAGAGCCUUAUUAGACAGACAGAGUGUUCCAGAGCAACCGCUAGACUCUGCGAGAAAGAGAGCAAUGGAGGGACUGAGAAGAGGGGUUGGGUCUGGCUCAGCUAUGGUGCUUGUGGUGCUCUUGUGCUUUGUGCUGGUGAUGGUUCCGGAAGUAUCAGCUACUCGAUUUAUAGUGGGAGGAGGGAGCAAGGGGUGGACCAGCAAUGUAAACUAUACUAUCUGGGCUCAAGGCCAACACUUCUACAAUGGAGAUUGGCUCUUUUUUGUUUAUGAUAGGAACCAAAUGAAUGUUCUAGAGGUGAACCAGACAGACUAUGUGUCAUGCAAUGCUGAUCAUCCCCUUCACAACUGGACUACUGGAGCUGGAAGAGAUGUGGUUCCACUGAAUGUGACCAGGCACUACUAUUUCAUAAGUGGCAACGGGUUCUGCUAUGGUGGCAUGAAGCUUGCGGUUAAAGUCGAAAACCCGCCUCCACCUCCCUCAGCUGCCCCAUUGAAGAGCAAGAGCAGUGCUCUAACACCUGCUUACAGAUCCCAAUUUGUUUUACCUGCCGUUUUUGCCAUUGGUGCAAUGUGGGAUGCAUUGGUUCGGUUCUGUUAAGUGCUGAGAGUGCUGAUAACUUGAGCUAGCAUUGAUGGAGAUGUCACAAUCACAAAACAGUGAGGAUAUCCAAAUCAAAACUAGACAUUUCUUCUAGCUAUAAGCUAAGCAAUUAAUUUGUGAGGGAAAUUGAGCUGCCUUCUAGUUUACAUUCGAUUUAAUUUCUUUUGGUUUUUGGGGUUUGUGAUUUAUUGGUGUUGUUUUUAAUUUCACCUUGGUGUAGUUGAUCAGAAAUUGGAGAAAAAGUUUUUUGAUUGAGUUAGUUGAUGACUUUGAAUACUUUUAUUUAUUGGAGUA